GGGGGUCUUGAAGCCCCUGUUAGAGGGGCAGCCUGUGGGUUUGCGUGUGUGUUCAUGUCUUUGCUCAUGUCCCCUGUGUGUCGGUGCCAUGUGCACAAGGGGCCCAGUUCCUCGUGCACACAUGUGCAGCCAGCCAUGUGCAAAGCGUGUCCUGUCUUAUGCUGCCUCUUCCUGCCUAGGGGUCUGUUGGGCCAGCCACUAUCUUAGUGGGGCAAUCCAUGGCCAUACUGAUUCAUGUCACCCCUGACCCUGAGCUUGAAUGUCUAUGGUUGGGGCUCACUUCUCAUCAGUCUCCUGUGUGUAGGAAUGUGUGACUGGAUGCAUGAACAGAAUUUUCUGUGUCCCUGGUGGCAAGUGUAUGUCUUUGCAUGUGUGUUCUAGCUUUGGCCUGAGUAUCUGUGUCAUUCCCAGCACUGGUGUCCAGGGCGUGUCUGGAUGUGGGUGAUGUGUGAGUGGUGAGGGGAGAAAGUGUGUGUGUGCUCCUUGGAAUCCUACUGUGUAUGAAACACCUUUGGACUAGGCAAGUGUGAGCCCCUGCCUGGUCCGGAGUGGGAAUAGAAAGGCUCAAAAGGGAAGGAGUGAGAUAAAGAGGAAAAGUGGGGAGAAAAAGGGAGAGGAGCAAUGAGAAAGGUUUCUAGAGAGGGGAGAGUAUGCUAGGGAGAAAAGAGAGCUGGAGAAUGGGAACAUGGAAGAGAACUCGCCAGACUUCAAAAAGGGAAGAGUGGUAGGCUUAAGAUGGGGAACUGGAUGGAGAUGGUGGGAGAAGGGACCUCAGAGAUGGGGAGCAGGGAGAGGAGAGAGGCCUUUUGAUAAAGUAAUCUGUGAAAGAAGGGAGGGGAGAUUGGAGAGGGCACUGGAUUCAGGCAGGCCCUGUAGGAUCAGAUUUGGUUGGAUCAGGUGAGGCCACAUAAGUAUAGAGGGUGGCUCACAGAGAGGCCUGUCAUGGCAGGGACUGUUUUUAGAGGUUCAUGUUCCCAGUGCAGAGCACUGUCCUCUAUUUCUCUACUCUCUAUCCAACACUGUUUCUCAUCCUUCUGUGGCAACGUUUCUGCCCAGGCUCCCCUUGAAAGCUGCCAGCUGAGUGUGGAGAAAAAGGCCAAAGGGAAAGUUAGGGUUUUGGGGGAUUGGAGGGCAGGGACAAAUUCUGUGGGUGGUGGCAAGAUUAGAGACAUUGGAGAAGCAGGAAUCUAAGUCCUUGUUCUGUGUGUGUGCAGUUGUGUGUAUACAGGGUGUGUACAUGUGUGGGUGUGUGCACAAUGCCUGUGUUACGGUUCUGUGUAGGUGGCUGUGAUGUGUGUGCAUGCGUGUAUACAUCUUGCAGGGGAUGGAAUGUGGAGACCCAGCAACUCAAUGUAUGCUUUUCAGGUUUGCUCUGUGAAUAUAUAAGACUGUGUUCUGUGUUCUCUGUACAUGUUGCUGCAUACAGCACUAAUAACAGGAUGUCCUGUGUUUCUGUCACUAUGCCUGCCUUUCCUCUGUGUUUCUCUUAUUCUUUUCUUUGCAGUAAUGAGAGUGUUUGUAAGCAUGUGUCUAUGUGGCCUUCAUGUACCUGUGACUUAAGUGUGAGUUCAUAGGUUUUAGCUCCUGGUGAUAUGUAUAAGGUUAUAUUAUCUCCAAGAAUCAAGCAAACCAGGUACCAAAUUCUUUUUUCUUCUGGUAAUGCUUUAGUUCCAAAGCAGAAUUUUAGUGGAUUCAAAGUUAGACUUUAUGCCUUUAUUAGAGGAGCUCGUAUGUAAAAAUAAUGGCUGAGCUAGGUUCCCUGAAAUGAAAAUGGGGCAGCUCUACCUUGAAAAGCAGAGAAAUGUGACUAGGAGGAAGAUAUUUGGCCCUGGGAUGCACUGUGUAGUGUAUAACAGAAAGAUAAUGCAUUUGCUCCUUGGUAGCAAUCAUGGAUGCCGGUGUUGAAGGCAGGGAAGAGCUGGGGAAAGAGAAGGAGGUUGUCCUGAGACAGAGUGGAUGUGAUUGCGCUUUUUAUGUGAAUGAAGGAUUUUGUCUUUUGGGAAUAUGAGGGAAACCUUUAUGUGGUUGGGAUCAUAGUGUAUGUAUUGUACAAGGAUGGAAUAUAGUGUAUUCAAGUAUGUGUCCCGGGGUUAAACUGGUAUUCUCCUAUGUGGGGGACACAUGGAUGUCUUCAGGUUACAUGUCCAUUUCUGUAAUGUGCGCUUGCAUGAUUGCCCAGAAGACUCAGGCCACAAAACCCACAUUAGUGGCUCACAUGUGGGUGUUUUGGUUCUAGUAUGUACACCACUGUUGCAAUGUUCACACAUGUGUAAGCGUGUAGGGUGUGUGAGCCUCAAAGUCUGAGAAUAUGGACCUGUGCUCACAGCUGUCUGUAUGUCUCAUAAGCACAUAGAUUCUUAUUUAUUUUUGUAUUGUGGUUCUGAUAUACACAUACCCCCACAGCUCAGUGUAUGUUUCUGUGUUCUACACGUGAGGGACUGAUAGGGUCCUUGUAUGAUGGGAUCCAGAUUUUGUGUGCAAACCUCUAAUGCUUGGGUUUUACAGGUAAAGGGAAGCUAGGGACUGAUUCUAGGGCAACUUGGGGGCAAUUUGCACUUCUGGAAGCAGACAGUGGAAAUGUAGUAUGGCCCUCUCUUGUUUUGUUCCGGAACCUUGAGGGUUAACAGGCAGCUCUUCCGGUCCACCUCCCCUCCAGCCUGUAGCUUCGUGUUGCCGUGGAGAUGGUGGCCCCGCCCCUGAUGCAGCACCUGCCCCCCCAUUGGCUGCAGUGGUGACUGUGGGGCUGAGGGGGGAGCCCAGGCCUGGGCAGCCAUUCUGGAGCUGAAGCCGGAGCUUGGCAUCCCCCCCACUUUCAUUCUCCUCCAGCCCCUUGGCCCCUCUAAAUUCCCUGGCAGCAGAGCCUCAGCUUCCCUCUUUGGAUCUGCCAUCCCUCUAGGCUCUUGGCAGGCUGAGCUUCAUCCGCAUUCACCUCCCCUCCUCCUCUUCUCCUAAACCUUAGUUGGGAGUCCCCAGCACCCCCCAAUCCUCCCCACUCCCUGCCCACUCCCCUGCAUUCUUUUCUUUUCUUCUUCCCCCUUCCCUUCUAAGUCCCUGCCACUGCAGUGCACGUGGAACCGGCUCCUUCUCCCCACCCCCCCAUCUGCCUCUUAGAUUUUCUCUCUCCAGCUUCUCCCCCAGCCACUCCUCACAGGUCCCUUCUAAGACUUCCCCCUCCAUCCAGGGAGGGGGUCAUGGGAGGCAGCCCUGGCCCUCCAGACAAACAGGGGUCUGGGAGGUGCAGGGCAAGUAGAAGAUGUCCCCAGAGAGGAGGGGAAAGCCAGCCUAUGGGCAAUGACCUUUAACCCAUCUUUCCCCCCCAGCUAGCCCCUUCUGGGGGGGGGGUGGGCACCGGGACCUAGCCUCCCUGGAUCUUCUAUGCCCUUCAUUACUGGGGUUUUACUGACCCCCUUGGCCAUGCGCCCCUGCUGACUGCCAACACUAGUCAUGGGCUUAAGGCCUCCCACUCCGUCCCCCUCUGGGGGCUCUGGCUCGGGUUCCUUGCCCCCUCCUUCCCACCGCCAGCCUCUCCGCCGCCGCUGCUCUUCCUGCUGUUUUCCGGGGGGUAGAAUACCACUUGGGUCGCUCGAGGAGGAAGAGUGUCCCAGGGGGGAAGCAGUACAGCAUGGAGGCCGCCCCCGCUGCGCCCUUCCGGCCCUCGCAAGGCUUCCUGAGCCGGAGACUUAAAAGCUCCAUCAAGCGUACGAAGUCACAGCCCAAACUUGACCGGACCAGCAGCUUUCGCCAGAUCCUGCCUCGCUUCCGAAGUGCUGACCAUGACCGGGCCCGGCUGAUGCAAAGCUUUAAGGAGUCUCACUCCCAUGAGUCCUUGCUGAGUCCUAGCAGUGCAGCUGAGGCCUUGGAGCUCAACUUGGAUGAAGAUUCCAUUAUCAAGCCAGUGCACAGCUCCAUCCUGGGCCAGGAGUUCUGUUUUGAGGUAACAACAUCAUCAGGAACAAAAUGUUUUGCCUGUCGGUCCGCAGCCGAACGGGACAAAUGGAUCGAGAAUCUCCAGCGGGCAGUAAAACCCAACAAGGACAACAGCCGCCGGGUGGAUAAUGUGCUGAAGCUGUGGAUCAUAGAGGCACGGGAACUGCCCCCUAAGAAGCGGUACUACUGCGAGCUCUGCCUAGAUGACAUGCUGUAUGCACGCACCACGUCCAAGCCCCGCUCAGCCUCUGGGGACACCGUCUUCUGGGGCGAGCACUUCGAGUUUAACAACCUGCCGGCUGUCCGCGCCCUGCGGCUGCAUCUGUACCGUGACUCAGACAAAAAGCGCAAGAAGGACAAGGCAGGCUAUGUAGGCCUGGUGACUGUGCCCGUGGCCACCCUGGCUGGGCGCCACUUCACAGAGCAGUGGUACCCUGUGACCCUGCCAACAGGCAGUGGAGGGUCUGGGGGCAUGGGUUCGGGAGGGGGAGGAGGCUCGGGGGGUGGCUCAGGGGGCAAGGGCAAAGGAGGUUGCCCGGCUGUGCGGCUGAAGGCACGUUAUCAGACAAUGAGUAUCUUGCCCAUGGAGCUGUACAAAGAGUUUGCAGAAUAUGUCACCAACCAUUAUCGGAUGCUGUGUGCAGUAUUGGAACCUGCCUUGAAUGUCAAGGGCAAGGAAGAGGUUGCCAGCGCACUGGUUCACAUCUUGCAGAGUACAGGAAAGGCCAAGGACUUCCUUUCAGACAUGGCCAUGUCAGAGGUAGACCGGUUCAUGGAACGGGAGCACCUCAUAUUCCGCGAGAACACGCUCGCCACUAAAGCCAUAGAAGAGUAUAUGAGAUUGAUUGGUCAGAAAUACCUCAAGGAUGCCAUUGGGGAGUUCAUUCGUGCUCUGUAUGAAUCUGAGGAGAACUGUGAGGUAGACCCCAUCAAGUGCACGGCAUCCAGUCUGGCAGAGCACCAGGCCAACCUGCGGAUGUGCUGUGAGUUGGCCCUGUGCAAGGUGGUCAACUCCCAUUGCGUGUUCCCGAGGGAGCUGAAGGAGGUGUUUGCAUCUUGGCGGCUGCGCUGCGCAGAGCGGGGCAGGGAGGACAUCGCCGACAGGCUGAUCAGCGCCUCGCUCUUCCUGCGCUUCCUCUGCCCAGCCAUUAUGUCGCCCAGUCUUUUUGGGCUCAUGCAGGAGUACCCAGAUGAGCAGACCUCACGAACCCUCACCCUCAUCGCCAAGGUCAUCCAGAACUUGGCCAACUUUUCCAAGUUUACCUCAAAGGAGGACUUUCUGGGUUUCAUGAAUGAGUUUUUGGAGCUGGAGUGGGGUUCCAUGCAGCAGUUCCUGUACGAGAUCUCCAACCUGGACACGCUGACCAACAGCAGUAGCUUUGAGGGCUACAUCGACUUGGGCCGAGAGCUCUCCACAUUGCAUGCCCUACUCUGGGAGGUGCUGCCCCAGCUCAGCAAGGAAGCCCUUCUGAAGCUGGGCCCACUACCCCGGCUUCUCAACGACAUCAGCACAGCCCUAAGAAACCCCAACAUCCAAAGGCAGCCAAGCCGCCAGAGUGAGCGGCCCCGGCCGCAGCCCGUGGUGCUGCGGGGGCCAUCAGCUGAGAUGCAGGGCUACAUGAUGCGGGACCUCAACAGCUCCAUCGACCUUCAGUCCUUCAUGGCUCGAGGCCUCAACAGCUCUAUGGACAUGGCUCGUCUCCCCUCCCCAACCAAGGAAAAGCCACCCCCACCACCCCCUGGUGGGGGUAAAGAUCUGUUCUACGUGAGCCGACCACCACUGGCCCGGUCCUCCCCAGCAUACUGCACAAGCAGCUCGGACAUCACAGAGCCAGAACAGAAGAUGCUGAGUGUCAACAAGAGUGUGUCCAUGCUGGACCUGCAGGGCGAUGGGCCCGGUGGUCGCCUCAACAGCAGUAGUGUUUCCAACCUGGCAGCUGUCGGGGACCUGCUGCAUUCAAGCCAGGCCUCACUCACAGCGGCCUUAGGGCUGCGGCCUGCUCCUGCUGGACGCCUCUCCCAGGGGAGUGGGUCGUCCAUCACAGCGGCGGGCAUGCGCCUCAGCCAGAUGGGUGUCACCACGGACGGUGUCCCUGCCCAGCAACUGCGCAUCCCCCUCUCCUUCCAGAACCCUCUCUUCCACAUGGCUGCUGAUGGGCCAGGGCCCCCAGCGGGCCAUGGAGGGAGUGGUGGCCAUGGCCCACCCUCUUCCCAUCACCACCACCACCACCAUCACCACCACCGAGGUGGAGAGCCCCCAGGGGACACCUUUGCCCCAUUCCAUGGCUAUAGCAAGAGCGAGGACCUCUCUUCAGGGGUCCCCAAGCCCCCAGCAGCCUCCAUCCUUCAUAGCCACAGCUACAGUGAUGAGUUUGGACCCUCUGGCACUGACUUCACCCGACGGCAGCUCUCACUCCAGGACAACCUUCAGCAUAUGCUGUCCCCUCCCCAGAUCACCAUUGGUCCCCAGAGGCCAGCCCCCUCAGGGCCCGGAGGUGGGAGUGGUGGGGGCAGUGGUGGGGGUGGUGGGGGGCAGCCACCUCCGUUGCAGAGGGGAAAGUCUCAGCAGUUGACAGUCAGUGCUGCCCAGAAACCCCGGCCGUCCAGCGGGAACCUUUUACAGUCUCCAGAGCCGAGUUAUGGCCCUGCCCGUCCACGACAACAGAGCCUCAGCAAGGAGGGCAGCAUUGGGGGCAGCGGUGGCAGUGGUGGCGGAGGGGGUGGGGGGCUGAAGCCCUCCAUCACCAAGCAGCAUUCUCAGACACCAUCCACGCUGAACCCCACAAUGCCAGCCUCUGAGCGGACUGUGGCCUGGGUCUCCAAUAUGCCUCACCUGUCGGCUGACAUCGAGAGUGCCCACAUUGAGCGGGAAGAGUACAAGCUCAAGGAGUACUCAAAAUCGAUGGAUGAGAGCCGGCUAGAUAGGGUAAAGGAGUACGAGGAAGAGAUCCAUUCACUGAAGGAACGGCUGCACAUGUCCAACCGGAAGCUGGAAGAGUAUGAGCGGAGGCUGCUGUCCCAGGAAGAACAGACCAGCAAAAUCUUGAUGCAGUAUCAGGCCCGACUAGAACAGAGUGAGAAGAGGCUGAGGCAGCAGCAGGUGGAGAAGGAUUCUCAGAUCAAGAGCAUCAUUGGCAGGCUGAUGCUGGUGGAGGAGGAGCUGCGCCGGGACCACCCCGCCAUGGCUGAGCCGCUGCCUGAACCCAAGAAGAGGCUGCUCGACGCUCAGGUGGAAAUUACAAUGUCAUUUAUCUUCUCCGUGUCCCAUCCCCAUCCAUCCCACUGUCCUUUGUGCUCUCACUGCACCAGCCACCCCGGCCCCAUCGCCAUCUGUCUCUCAUUGUCCUCUGUUUGUCUACUUGCCACUCCACUCAGCACCCCAGUGACCCAUCUUCAUUCCAUCGUCUGUGCCUUUGUCACUCCUGGCAGUGUCAGCCCCACCCCGUGCCUUCCUGCCCCAUCCUCCCACUCCUUUCUGCGGCUCAGGACCUUCUCCCAGAUCCUCACCCUUUCUGUCUCUAGACCCCUCCCAGUUCCUAGAAGCCCUGCCUGUUUGCCCUGUUGAAGGCAGGAGUUCACUUUCCUCUGAGCUCUUCUUGGGUGAGGAGGGCUAGAAGUUGCUCUUUGCUGGAAUGGAGCCCAGGGCAGUCUGAGUGGUAGUUUCCCCAGGCUCUGGAGACUUGGGAUCUGGGAUCACUAUACCUUUGUUCUCCUGGCUCCCCAUUCUGACUCCUUGGCAGCUUCUGUAGAGCCGCCUCUACCUGGCUCUUAAGACCUUGAAGGCCUCCCUGGAACUUCCCACCCCAUCCCAAUCCCUCAGUGUUUCAAGUCUAGCUUCCCUUUGGCCUUCCUCCCACUCAGGCCUCAUACCUGACUGACCCUCCAGCUCCCUGCCACCACUCUUUGCUCACCUCAGUCAUGGUGAGCCUGAGGUUCCACAUCUUACCCUUUGCUUUCCCAAAAUUUUGGUCUUUCCUACCCAUAUUCCUCCUUCCUCUCUCUGACCACCAGGCCUCUCCACCCCCACCACCAAGGCUCCUGACCCCAUCACCCCACUCUCUCCCCCUGCAGCUCCUCAUCAGGUAAUUCUCCUGGUUCCGCUUUGACCACUGGCGGAGGACACAGGGGGAGGUGACUCCGGACCACUGCAGGUUGGUCGUGAAGCCUACCCCCUCCACUCUCCAGUGCCUCUCCCCCAUCACUGCUGCCCUCUGCCCCCAGAGAACCUCCACAGUCUCCACCUCCUGACACCUCCAGCCACAGACCCAUCUCCCGAGGUAUACUACUCAGAGACCACAGGCUGAUCCCUCCCUGCAACUGCCCUUGGAGGCCUUAGCAAUAAUUUGACCCUACAUAGACCCAGCACAUUCACAAGU